AUGGAAUGGCUGCUAGUGGGCCUGCUUGGAGCUGAGGGGGACAGGGGACUUCUCUGGGACCAGCUGAUCCAUGUCCUGACCUGCAGACACUGUGGCAGCAGCUGCCUCCAGAGUCCAGGGAAUCUGGUGAUACUAUUCUUGUUCACGGUUUGGCAGAUCCGGAGGUGGUGGCAGUUUGGAAGGUGGCAACAGCUUCAGCUCUGGUACUCUGGGAACAAGAUGCAAGGCAAGGGCCUACUGCUUCUGUACCAUGUGGCUUUCCUUGAUCACCUGUGGAAGCAGAAGUCAGAGGAGGAGGAGGAAGAGGAAGAUGAAGAGGAAGAAUCUCUGGAUCCACUGAAGCCAUGUUCUCUUCCCAAAGAAGCUCCUAUUGAAAAGCAAGCCACCACAGCCCCAUUCCAGCCAUCUUGUGGUUCUGAGGGCCUCCAGAAGGCCAUAGGGACAGCAGAGCAAGUACUCAUGCAGACCCCAACCCCUUCCACAUCCUUCCCCACCUUUCAGAUCCUGACCAACCUGCCCGUGAGGCACAAGACAGCAUCAGGCAGUCGUCUACAGCAGAGGAAAAGCCAGGUCUUCUGGGGUCUCCCCUCUCUGCACAGCGAGUCUUUAGAGGCCAUCUUCCUGAGCUCAGGUGGCCCCUCUCCCCUGAAGUUGUCUGUUGGUCCUUCUGUUUUCUUCAACAAACUUGCCUUCCUGCCUAGGUCCAACCUGUUGCUUGCCCAGUAUUGCUCCCCAACCCAGCUUCCUACCCAUGAAGUCCAGACUAUGAAAGAUCUGGAAGGAAUGGCCCCUGAUCCUCAGCAACUUCCCCUUCCAUCUUCCCCUCCUCUCCCAUCACUAUCCCUCCAUCUUAAGUCCUUUCCCAUGGACCAUAAGGGAGUCCUAUGUCGCACUGAGGCACAUACACAAGACCCCAUGACAGAGCCUCAAGAAUAUAAGACUCAUUGGGGAACCAGAGGACAUAAAGAGAGUCCUCAAGCAUUUGAGCCCCCAAUGCCAGCUCCCUGCCAACUCCCAAAUUCUCUGUCAGAACCACAGAAAGUCAGCCCUGAAGGAGGACCUUCUGCACCUAAGGAUUUCUGGGGAACCACGGGGCACAGAGAGAACCCUCAAGCCUCUGGGUCUCCAAUGCCAGCCCUCUACCCUCCCUCAGGCCCCCUGCCAGAAUUCCAAGUAGGCAGUCUGCUGGGAGAUCCAUCUGGAUACAAGCCCCAGUGGGAACAAAGAGAAAAUUCAGGAAACCCUUGGGUCUUUGUUCCCCUAGCCUUGGACCUCAACCCAGGGCUCUGUGGAACCAGACCUGCAUGUGUCCCAGAAGGAUCUGAAAUUCCAUGCAAGGGCAUGCAGAAUAGAGAAAAUCUUUGGGUCUCUGCAGACCCAGUAUCAUCUCCCAGACUUCCCUUGGCCUCUCUGCUGGAGUCCCUAGGAAUGGUCCCACAGGGAGUCUUGUCUGAGUCUAAAGCUUUGUGGGAGACCAUGGGACAGAGAGAGAACCUCUGGACCUCUGAGUCUCUAUCCCUUGCCCACAGCCCAUCUCUAGCUCCCAUUCUAGAACCCCACAGAGUCAAUCCUGUGGGAGGCCCCACUAGAUCAGAAGCUGCAGGGAAGGACGUGGAGCAUUCCAGGAAUUCCUGGGCUUCUGAGCCUUCAUCUCUGACCCUCAGCCCACCCUCAGCUCUUGUACUGGAGCCUCUUGGAGUUAACCCCGUGGGGGUCCUGUUUGAUUCUGAGGCUAGAUGUAGGGACAUACAACAGAGAAAGAAAUCCUGGGUCUCUGAGCUCUCAGCUUGCAGCUUACCCCAAGACCCAGAUGGAGCUAGUCCCUUGGGAGUCCUGUCUGACUCUGUGCCUGCUGGAAAGGAUAUGAAGCAAAAGGAAAUCUAUUGUGUUCCUGUGUCCCCAUUGUGGGGCCCCAGUCCACCCCCAAACUCUAUGUCAAAGUCUCACAUAAGUGAGCCUCUUGGAGACCAACCCAACUGUAAGCCUGAGGAGGAAGCAGCAGAGCAGAGAGAGAAACGCUGGGCCACUGAGCUCCCAGCCCCAAACCCCAGCUCACUCCCUCCUCCUCUACCAGAUCCAUACAUUGACUUUGAGUUCAUGUGGAGAAAUGUGCAACAAAGAGGGAUCCCUCAAGAAUCCAGCCCUCCAGCAGUGGAUCCCCUGCAGCCAAUACCCUGGCCUCUCACCCUAGCUGAAGCUCUGAAGAUUGAGCCCAACAAGACUGGCCUACUGAAGGGAGAGCAGUUAGGGGCUAAGGCAGAGACUCCAUCCUCCCGGGGAGAGGCUGUCCCAGAGGUGCCCUCCCUCUCUGGGAUCCAGGCCUGGCACUGGAGUAAAGAGUUGGAACUCAGACUGAAGAAACUGCAACAGAGCCUUGCUUCCAGAUCCCCUGACCCAAGUCAAUCAUUUGGCAGCUCCUGUGCCUUGAGCUCCACAACUUUAGGCACAUACACACUCUCUUCCUGCCCCCCACAGGAAGGCAGGAAUCCUCCCAAGCUGUGCCCUCACUCUUCAAGCUGCCGUGCCGCUAAAGUUCAGAGCACAGUAACUCAGCCUGUCCAGGUCUCCCACUGUUAUCAUUCCCAUUCCUCUUCCCAUUCUCAGCUACAAGGAUCUGGCAGGGCAGCACAAGGGUCUCAGAGAGAGGAAAGAAUGAAGGCGAAGAUGGUGGCCCAGGUCUCAUCCCAGGGGCCAUGUGUUCAUAUGGAGCCUGGUGAGAACUGCCUAGGCCUGAAACAGCCCUCAAACCCUGAGGUUCCAGCCUCAGGCAAGAGACAGGACAAGGCUUCAGCCCCAUCUUCAGCCAAAAAGAGAGACAGCCCCAGGAAACCCAAAGCAGGAGGCCACAGAGGAGGGGAUGCAAGACUGGGGUCAUCUACAGUUACAGGGAAGAGCCACCCAGCCCAGGCCAGAUUAGCAGAGGCUUCUGUAAGCAGACUUUCCCAAAGAUCUCAGCACAGGGACCAGAGCUCUCGACACACUGCUCUCCUCCAGCAGUCUCACUCCAAGGCUGUAGGUCCCCAGGGUCAACGAGGGCCAGGGUUGGGAGCUGGUGACAUCCUGAACCCUCAGCACUGUAAGCACUGCCCUUGGGCCCACAUGGAGAAGGAUCUGUCCUCUCCCACACCUCAGGCUCCCCUUUCUAGGGGUCUCCAAAAGGUGUUAGCCAAGUUUCUGGGUACCCAUGGACCCCUGCCCAUCACAUCCAGUCAGCAGAAGAAAGGCUGGUAA